AUGCUCUGUCUUGAUAUCUUGACGGUAAUACUUCUGCAGCUAUCUUUAGUCUUGGCUGCAAACACAACGGCUUGGAAGAGUCGCAACAUAUACUUUGCGCUGACGGAUCGCAUCGCCAGGAACGAGAGCGACGGCGGCGGCAGCUCCUGUAGUGAUCUUGGCCAGUACUGCGGAGGAACUUUCAAGGGACUGCAGUCGAAGCUGGACUACAUUCGAGGGAUGGGUUUUGAUGCCAUCUGGAUUACUCCAGUUGUUGAAAAUCACAAGGGUGGAUACCACGGAUACUGGGCCAAGGACCUCUAUGCCAUCAACCACAAGUAUGGCACGGCUGAUGACUUGAAAAGUCUAAUCAAGGCCGCGCAUGACAAGGGAAUGUUUAUCAUGGUCGACGUUGUCGCCAACCAUAUGGGAAACGGUCCCAUCUCCGAGAACAAGCCCGCGCCGUUAAACCAGGAGAGUUCAUAUCACCCAGAGUGCAAGAUCGACUACUCAAACCAACAAAGCGUCGAGCGGUGCAGGCUGAGCAACCUGCCCGACCUCAACACCGAAGACCCAAAUAUCCGCACGCUGCUGACGGACUGGAUCAAAUGGAUCGUGUCCGAGUUCAAGAUCGACGGCCUCCGGAUAGACACGGUCAAGCACGUAGAAAAAACCUUUUGGUCCGGGUUCGCCUGGGCAUCGGGGGUCUACACCCUGGGGGAGGUGUACAGCGAAGACGUCGACUACAUCGCGGGCUACAACAAGGCCAUGGCGGGCUUCUUCAACUUCCCCGUGUACAAGUCGCUGGGUCGGUACCUGCAACAGGGUCAGUCGCCGCAGGGGCUGGUUGACAACCACAACAAGAUCUCGCGCCGGUUCUCGGACCCGACGACGCUGGCCAACUUCCUCGACAGCCACGACAACGCACGAUGGCUGAGCAAGAACCGCGACGCCGCGCUGCUCAAGAACGCGCUGGCCUACGUGCUGCUGGCCCGCGGCAUCCCUGUCAUCUACUACGGCACCGAGCAGGGCUUCUCGGGCGGCGCCGACCCCGCGAACCGCGAAGACCUCUGGCGCAGCCGCUACAACACCGACGGGGACCUGUACCGCGCAAUCUCGCGGCUGUCAGGCGUGCGGGCUGGGGCCGGCGGGCUCCCCGCUGAUGACCAUGUUCACCUGCUCGUCGAUAAGAAUUCGUACGCAUUCAGUCGAGCAGGCGGGGGUGUGGUGGUUUUGACGACGAAUCGAGGAUCCAGUUUCCAUGGUCAGGAAUGUUUCAACACGCGUGUGGUGGCUGCCAAUUGGGAGGAUAAAUUCGGUAACGGUACUUAUACAUCUGAUGGAUCGGGUAAAGUCUGCGUUCAGAUAAAGAACGGUGAGCCAGUAGUCUUGGUUGCUAAGAGAUGA